AUGUAACGCAGAUGUUUUUGUAAAUAUUAUUAUGAUUAAGAAAUUCUUUUAUGCUUGUUAUGGUAGAUAUAUCAUAAGCAUUUAUUAAAAAAAUGAAUAAAUUUUAGGGUGAGUAGUUCAAGAAACAGUUAUAGACCUCGAGAAUUAAGCAGAAUACUUUGCCUAGUAUCUGUGGUUACGUGUGGUGUUCUUGAAAAGAUGGGUAUAAAGAAGGCCAAAUAUAGAUUAGUCACCACACUGAAUGAGUCACAUAACAGAGAGUGUUAGUGUCUAGUAUGCGAGUGUUGCUCACUGGACCUUUUCCAAAAGCAUUCCUUUCCUCAGCUUGUGACGACACUGCUCUCUGAAUGUCAGGUGAAGCUCUGAGAUAUGUAGAAGAGAAAAGGGUUGUUGAAAGAUCUGUGCUUGAAGCACUUUCAGUGACUUCAAGCUAUGGAUAUUUCAGAGUACACAGGUAUAGUUUUAGGUAAACUUCAGAAAUUUGAGCCAGAGAACGCCUCAAAGAUCUUAGGGUAUCUCCUUGUCCAAGAACAUGGGGAAGAAGAAAUGGCGAAAUUGGCUUCACUCCCUGACCAUUUAAUCCGUGAAGUGGCGUUCCAGACCAGAACCAAGCUUCCAAGGUCAGCUGCCAGAUCAAUCAUUCCUCCAAUUUCACCUCCCAUGAACUGUCAACCAGGUUUUUCCCCUACUUCAGUAAUCACACCUGACACCCCUACCACAGCGGCAAGCUUCCAGGUUCAAUCUCCCUUCUGGGAUCCUCAGUCUGUUAACAAUGCCAAUGCAGAAUAUAUGGCACAGGGUUUUUUGGAUUCCAUCUCUGAAUUUCAAAAGCAAACUCCGUACUUCACUCUGGAGAAUCAUAUGGAUGCUGUAAAUUCUCGUGCUGUUGGGACUUCAGGCACUCCAAGUAUUGCUAAUGAUUACUAUGGCUUAGAUGCUUUAUCAGCUGGUAAUUUGGGUGGAAAAGCUGGUAGAAGGUUUGACCAUCCAGUCAAGACCUGUCACUACUUUAACAAAGGAUUUUGUAAGCAUGGAAAUAGCUGUAGAUACUAUCAUGGACUGGGGGCCCCUGAUGCAUUCCCUCACAUGUAUGGAAAUGAUAGUUUUAAUGAUGAUCAGAUGAUUUCACCUGGGUCAUUGGCACAACUAGAGUCUGAAAUUGUUGAACUCCUGAAACUGAAAAAGGGUGGUUCUAUAUCAAUUGCUUCCCUCCCAAUGGCAUACUUUGAGAAGUAUAAGAAGGUGCUGCAGGCUGAUGGCUACCUCACUGAGAGCCAGAGACAUGGAAAAUCUGGCUACAGUUUGACUAAGCUUCUUGCACGGUUGAAAAAUAGCAUUAGGCUAAUUGACAGGCCUCAUGGGCAGCAUUCGGUUGUUCUGGCUGAAGAUGCUCCGAAGUUCAAUGGAAAGGGAGAUUAUGGUAGAUACAUCAGUGCAUCACGACAGAUAUACCUGACAUUUCCAGCUGACAGCACUUUUAGCGAGGCUGAUGUUUCAAACUACUUUAGCACUUUUGGGAAAGUUGAAGAUGUAAGGAUUCCAAGCCAAGAGAGAAGGAUGUUUGGAUUUGUGACAUUUGAUGAUCCUGAAACUGUUAAAGCAAUUUUGGAUAAGGGAAAUCCCCAUUAUGUCUGCGAAUCACGGGUUCUUGUGAAACCUUACAAAGAGAAGCCAAAACUUAUGCUGAGAAAGCACUCAGACAGAAUUGAGCACCAGCACCCUGCUUAUUACUCAGCACACUACGUAGAUGUUGACAAUGAACCUACGCCAAUUCCAAGAGGUUGCAGUAACCCUCGAUUACUCAGGAGCCUGAUCAUUGAACAGCAAGAGGAGGCUGCCUUUGAAUUUCAUAGAAGACGUUUUGCAGAGCUGCAGUUGGCCCAAAAAUCUUUUACCACUUCACCCCAUUUAGGCUUUAACACUGGCGGAGCAAAACCUUCAAAUGAUCCUUUCAAUGUCCAUUCUGCAGAAUCUCAGAAUCAUGUUGUGAAUGACAAAUCCGGAUAUAUGGAUAACAAUUACACUGCUGAGGACAGCAAUCAAGGACUGAAUCUCCCAGACAGCCCAUUUUCAUUUCCAGUAGAUAGUGGAAUUUCAGCAGUAAUUUAGUUUCAGAAACACAUAGAAGACUGCAUACAAGAUUACAAGAGAAAGAAGAGAAAUAUAGAGAGUUAAUUUGACACAUAAUUCGGCCCUUCCAUUCGUCUCUUUCCUCAACUGGCUCAUCACAGUUUAGUCAAAGUUUCAAGUACAUAAAAGUUGAGUUGGUGGAAUUAACAAUAACAACUUUUCAGAAGGUUAUAGUUUUCCUUUUAAAGAAUCACAGAAAGAUUAGAGGAUGUUUGGUUUCUACAACAGUAUGAGUAACCAAUUACUCUGAGAACAGUCAAAUAAUUUAAUUUGUGUCACAAGUAUUUGGUUUUUUGGUUUUCUUUACCUGAUCUUGAUUCCAUGUUAUACAUUGAGUAAAUGCUCUCUGGAUUUAGUAAGGGAAAUAAAUUACAAGUAUUUGUUUCUUG